UUACAGAUGAUACUGCGAUAGAGUAUAUUAAUUUUACCUAACAAAAAAAUGGCGAAUAACGACAAAGAUACCGAAGUGUUGUACAAACUCGGCACUUUCAAAUGGAACAUCCCAAGCUUAAAUCCCAAAUCUCUCGCUCUUAUACUAAGUCCCUUAAUUGUCGCCCUACUCGGGGCUUCAUCCCGUGGCGAUAUUCUGGUAUAUUUCGUCCUCGCUUGGAUGAAUUGGGAUAAGUUUUCGAUCACUGGAAACAACACAAAGACGAACGUAACCGAUUCGUCGUCAGAUGGUUUAUUACAAAACAAUCAGAAGACGACAAUGGAGUCUGACGUCAUAAGAAGCCCGGUAGAUGAUUUUCUUCAUCAGUACAAGUUGGAUAACGUUUACUACGUCGUUCCAGCGGCAAUUUUGUUGUCCUAUGUCAUAUUUUUUGGACUGGGAGGAUAUUUACAAUGGUAUUAUUACAUCCAACGUAGGGACAUUCCAGAAACAUGGAAAUGCCAACCGAAGAGAUUCCUCUCUAAAAAGGAUGAAAGACAUGAAAUUCUUCUUGGUGCCAGCAAUCUUGUUCUUGGGGCGACAUUAUCCGGAUUUCUGGCAACCCUGAUCACCAACGGAGCAAAUAUUUCUACUUUAUACUUCUCCAUUGCUGACUAUGGAUGGAUGUAUUUCGUCGUCUCGACCGCUCUGACUUUCCUAUUUCAAGAUGCCGCAGCGUAUUAUGUGCACAGGACUCUUCACUGGCCUUAUUUCUACAAGAAAUUCCACAAGUAUCAUCACAGAUAUCAUUCACCCACGGCCUUCAGUGCAGUAGCGAUGCAUCCUGUGGAAUUCCUAACUCUUCAGUUCUCACUCAUUAUACCGAUGUUCACUGUUCCUGUCCAUUUCGUUGGUUUCCUCGGAUGCAUUUUCUACAAUUACUAUUACGGGAUGAUUGACCAUUCAGGUAUUGACUUCGAAGCAAUCUGGCCUUGGCAACCACCAGUGCGUUUCCAUGACGACCACCACCGAUAUUUUCACGUCAAUUUCGGCUUCAACACUCUGAUUUUUGAUCGCUUCCAUGACACCUUGAGAAAGAGGUCGAGAGCGUACUCCGAGUCUAUUUUCGGCGGCAAAGGGCAGGAAAAGGGGACGGAGAGUAGCAGUAAUAAAAUCGAUUGAAGGGGUUUUGGGGGUUAGAGUCGGGGGGAAUGGGGGUGGUUGUGUGUGUUUAUAAAUGCGACAUAUAGAUAUGACUUGAGCAUACUGAUCGUCAUUUGCGUCAAUGGUACCAGAAUAAUCAAAUCUAAAUGUCGGCGCGAAGAUGUUAUGCCGUAUGUCUCAAUGAUUUAUAUGUUGCAUUGUUCUUUGUAUUAUUACGUAUUUUAGGCUUCACUGACUAGAGUAUUGCGUCACAAUGCAAUUUAUAUUUCUCUUGGGGUAGAGAAAUUUAAAGUCAAUGCAGGGUCCCACUUUUUGGUACUCCCGUAGUAUGUGUACCAGGUUAGGGUUAGGUCAUAAUUUUAUUUGCGAUUUUCCUUAUUUUAGUUCUAUUACGAAUUCGGGGACUGUUUGUGUUAGAGAAUUGAAUACACCCCCUGUCCAUAGGUUUCAGUCCCUUUACACAACUUGAUGUAAAAUGAGCAAACAAAAUUAGUUACCUCCUUCUGGACGUACGCUUAGAGAAGUAAUUUUUUGGCAAAUUAUUUUUUUUUUUUUAAUAAAUACUUGGUUUACGUGUAACACACAGAUCCAUAAUUUUUUACUCUAAUCGUAUUGCUGUCGCAUGCAACAUGGAGGUGAAUCAGUUAUUCGCGCUAAACGUUUUCCCCAAAAAGCAUUCUUUUUUCCAAAAUUUCGUAUAGAUAUGACUUGAGCAUACUGAACGUCUUUCGCGCCAAUGGUACCAGAAUGAGUUUCACGAAUGUAUCUUUCCGUAUUCCGGCAAGCAAAUUAAAAUGUCAAAAUCAAACUUUUGAAGAGCUAAAAUUAUUCCGAUUUGGACUAAAUAUGGAAGUUUGACUCGGGAAAAUGCUCCUUUUUAGGUCAUUUUGCACUUAUUCGCUCAUAAUUAGGCUGUUGAUAAUCAAAUUUGCCGAAAUUCCAUUCAGCGCAAAGAUGUUAUGACGCAUGCCUCAAUGAUUUAUAUGUUGCAUCGUUCUUUAUAUUUUAUGUUUUUACGUAUUUUAUGCUUCACUGAUUAAGUUAUUGCGUAACAAUGCAAUUUGUAUCCUAUAGAUCAAGUUUACUUUCGCAAUUUUAAUGAUGUCCCCAUAAGUUCCAGAUGUGACAAUAUUGUGCAAAUACAGACAAUAGCCUAUCCCAGUGGGGCGCGCAGACGAUUUGAAGGCGCGUGGGGUUAAUUGUUAAGUUUGAUCUUGCCGCUUUGUUUUGGAUAUUACCAUUCCUAUAUUUUGAAUAUUUACGUUCCAUUCACUUU